CGUUAGACGAGAGAGAAAGUGGUCGACGGGGCACUGUCUUGUCGUGGCUUCGUACUCUUUGUUUGGCUGUCCGCUGUGGAUGACAACCGUCCAGCCCUUCGCAGCAACAGCAGCAGCGGCAUCAGUGAAUUUAUCACCGCGAACGCCGAGGGGAGUGAAGCGAACCGGAGGAAGGGGAGAGCGAGAGAGAAAGAGAAAGGGAGCGAGAGAGAGAGAGAGAGGGGAUUUACGGACCAAGCAUGGCUACCCAAAAUACUGCAUCAUGCACUGGAUCCACUCUUUUGCAGCCCAUCAGCGAAAUAAUCAAUCUCCCCGUUGACCAGGUCAACUUUGUGGCGUGUCAGCUGUUCGCCCUGCUGAUGGCCGUGUGGUUCCGGCUCUACCUCCACCCCAGUAAGACCAGUCCCUUCAUCAGACACGUGGUGGCCACUCUGCUGGGCUUCUACUUGGCUCUCUUCUGCUUCGGCUGGUAUUCCCUCCAUUUUUUGGUCCAGAGUGGUCUGUCCUACAGUGUGAUGGUAUUUGUUGGCCUGGAGCACAUGCACAAGUACUGCUUCAUAGUGACGCUCGGCUACCUGAUAUUAUGUCAGGUCACGCGGGUCUACGUGUUUGACUACGGCAUGUACUCUGCGGACUUCACAGGGCCCAUGAUGGUUAUAACACAGAAGAUCACCAGCUUGGCGUUUGAAAUCCACGACGGUUUGGCCAAGCGAGAGGGGCAGCUGACUCCCAGUCAGAAAUACCUAGCUAUCAGGCGGAUGCCCAGCUUGCUGGAGUACUUGAGCUACAACUGUAACUUCAUGGGCAUCCUGGCUGGGCCUACCUGCUCUUACAACGACUACAUGGCCUUCAUCGAAGGGACGUGCUACCAGCCGCGCCACCAGGAGAACGCCAACGGCAAGGAGAACGGGAAGUACAAGCAGAUCGAACCCUCGUCCAAGAACGACGUCAUCUCCAAGCUGUGCACAUGUGCCGUCUCGCUGGGCAUCUAUCUGUCGCUGUGCAAGCUGCUCCCGGUGGAGCACUCCAUAAACGACGACUUUGUCAGCUCCACGCCCUUCCAUCUCCAGGUCAUCUACCUUUACCUGGCCAUGCUGGCCCUGAGGCCAAAGUACUACUUUGUCUGGACACUUGCUGAUGCUAUCAACAACGCUGCCGGAUUUGGCUUCAAUGGAUACAACAAAGAUGGCUCCCCGCGGUGGGACCUGAUAUCAAAUCUCAGAAUUCUGGACAUUGAGUUUGCUACCAGCUUCAAGAUGUUCCUAGACAACUGGAACAUCCAGACCGCUCUUUGGCUCAAAAGGGUGUGCUACGAGCGUUGUCCCAUCAACCCCAUGGCUGCCACCUUCUUGCUGUCGGCCAUGUGGCACGGCGUGUAUCCUGGGUACUACCUGACCUUCCUCACUGGCAUUGCGAUGACGAUGGCUGCGCGUGCAGUAAGACAUAACAUCAGACCGUACUUCCUGGGCUCUGACUCGCACAAGCGCAUCUAUGACGUUGUCACGUGGGCGGGGACUCAGGUUGCCAUUAGCUACACAGUGGCGCCAUUUGUCCUACUCGCUGUGGGACGCUCACUCAAGUUCUACAGGUCCUGGUACUUCUGCCUACAUCUCCUCUGCCUGCUGGUGGUGGUGGCGCUGCCCGUCAAAUCGAGGCGCCGGCCGGCCAAAGAGCAGCAGGACGGCCUCAAGGACAACCAGGCGGACCUCGGCAGCACGGACAACAACUGCAACCAAAAAGACAAAGCCACAUGAGGCUCCGGACGGCGACACACACAGUCCCUUCAGCGGCAGGAACACUCGAGACAAAGUAAAAAACCACUGAGAGCCGGAGCGUGGCGAGUCUUAUUCACCUGACAAAGAACCAAAUAUCGGAUGCUCCCACGAAUCCUAACCGACAGAAUAAACACAAGUCGACUUUCUGUCAAAACGUCCAGUAGCAAGGGAUGACAGCAAUCAAAAGUUUCCGACGCGGAUAAGAGACCAGGGUGUAACAACGGCCAUAGUGUAAACAAACAAACAAACAAACAAACGAGCGAUGGUGGUUACUUUCCAUUACAGCGGUGGGAACGAAGGCUUCCAAGCUGCCUUAAACCCUCUAUGUACUCGGCGGGUGAAAUGACAGACGGAUGGCACGCUGCAAGAGCCUAUUUGCGCUUUCAGAUGAGACGUGCAGUAUGUGGAGGGUUUUUGUCAUUGUCUGGAUACAAACUUCUGUUAGGUGGGAAUGGAAAAUGUUUUCAUGUAAAAGAAACAUUACUUUAUCAUCAGCUGCCAAUUUCAAACAAGCCUUAGGAUCCUCAAAACAUUGUUUGAUUUCUAUGUCUUUUUAAAAAUCUUUAUCGGAGAAGACUUCACAUUGUACGUGUUUUGUAUUUAGAUGUUUGUGACAACACUAUUUCAGAUGCAUUCGCACUGCUUUUUUCUGGGAUGAACUGAAUGACAUAAGUAGUCCCAAAGAUUAAUUCAGAUCUCGUCCAUCUCCAGCGGUGAAAUGUCUAAAAUACAUGGAUUUCUGUUUUCAUAUCUGCAGUUUUUUUGACCAACACGACUCGUCAGUCAAACGUGUGUUUUUCAAAGGGACUUCAUUUACACUUGUUGUGAUUUCAAUUUCUUUCCCUACGGAUUUCAGACCUGGUUUCAGGUGUGUGUUUUUUGUUGUUGUUUGACCUUUUGUUCAAAUGUCGUGCCUCUGUAAUACGUAUAAGUAUCCAAAACAAUUUAAUUCAAGCCCUGAUUGGGUAAAUGCAGUGAAUUGUUAACAUCCCUGUAAAAUUCACUGUUGCAAAGUCACACAGAUAAAUGGAAUGUAAACGAAAAAGUUUGUAAGUUUAUGCACAGUGCACUAAAAGCUUAUUGUAGUCAAGCUGCAAAAUAUUUAACUGGAAUUUGGAAUAAGUAAUUUACAUCUGAUAACUUAUUUAUGUAGCGACAUAGAGAUAAUGUAAAGAAAUUCACAGACAUAUACCAGCUGUUGUGGUGAAUGGUCUUAGUUCAUAUUGUGUGCACUGCUGUUUGAAUAGGAGAUUUUUCAGGGUGCAUUUAUUUUUUGGUUCACGGUGUUUUCGGUUUCUUAAGUCUUUCAGAUCACCCGCUUAACUCUUUACAACACGCAGCAUUUCAAACAGCCACCCAUCUGAUUAAGUAUCAUUGGACUUUUUUUUAUUUUAGUGAAAGAAAUGCAAAGGAAACCACCUGAAAGGCACCCCACUGUUAUCGGCUGUCAGGGCAAUUCAAACC